UCACAAGAGUGUCAAGCUCUCUGGGUCGAUUUUAAUGGCGGUUAACAAAUCGGGUAAAAGUUAAAAUGUGAUAAGUAAAGUGAAACAAGGAAUCAACAAAACCCGCUGUAUCCUUCUUGUGUCUAAAUUGUGAGGAAGUGUAGAAAAAAAUAUUUUCAAUGUUGAAGCAAUUACAAAUGGGACUACGAGCAUUCAUGCUUCUAGCAUCUAGAGUUUGGACAUGUUUGUGUUUUAUGAUAAAAAAGCAAACUAGAGCUAUUAUUCAACACCAGUCGGUCAAAUACGAUUUGUUUCCUUUAUCACCGCUAUCAAGACAUAGGCUUAGUAUAGUAAAAAGGAAGGUUCUCGUUCUCGAUCUGGAUGAGACUUUGAUUCACUCACAUCACGAUGGGGUCGUACGCCAAACCGUUAGGCCAGGGACCCCUCCAGAUUUUGUACUUAAAGUAGUGAUAGACAGACACCCUGUACGGUUCUUCGUCCACAAAAGGCCACAUGUGGACUUCUUCCUAGAUAUAGUUUCUCAGUGGUACGAAUUGGUAGUGUUUACUGCCAGUAUGGAAAUUUACGGAGCUGCUGUAGCAGACAAGUUGGAUGCCGGACGAGGCAUCCUCCAGAGGCGGUUCUACCGUCAGCACUGUACUCCAGAUCUCGGCUCGUACACCAAGGAUCUGGGCGCCAUUUGCAAUGAUCUCUCCAGCGUCUUCAUCCUGGAUAACAGCCCCGGGGCUUAUCGCGCUUAUCCAGACAAUGCAAUCCCAAUAAAAUCGUGGUUCUCAGAUCCCACAGAUGUGGCGCUGCUCAACCUGCUUCCGGUCUUGGACGCACUCAGGUUCACGGCGGACGUGCGCUCCGUCCUGUCGCGGAACCUCCACCUGCAUCGACUUUGGUAGAACAGGUAAACACUCGUAGUGCUCAAUCUGUGAAGACAAUUGUGAUGUCUGUCACCCACACUUUGUUACUGAUCAUCUUCCACACUCCUAUCUACACAUCGGAAGUAACGUCAUUCAAACUAGUUGUAAUACUAUUUUUAUACUUUGUUUAUAUUCACUUGUUUGAAUUAUUUAUUUUAUCUGUGAAUUUUAUUGUUUACACAUGAAGGAGUAUACAUUUCAGCGUUAAAACUUGAUCAAUUUAUCAUUCCACGAUAAUUUAGUUUGCCACUGAUGAACUGUUGUACUCUUUCACGAAAUUUUAACCAUUUAGACCAAAGACAGUUGUUUCAUUAAGGUUAAAAUGUUGCUGUUAAUUCUAUGACUAGAACGUUUAUUGUACAGCAUUUUCAGCCUCCAUUCAUUAUUUUAAGAAUCUUGUGUACAUAUAAUCAGUGUAACAAGUAGCGUAAGUUUUUAAAACUCUGGAAAAUAUUUUCUGCAUCAGAAAAUAUUCAAUGUCUGUAUAGUUCAAUACAAUAAUUUUGCGUGUUCAAAAUUAUUGACUUUCUAGGUAAACUGUACAUAGUUUUUCAUAGAUCGUAGCUUUAUUAAACAAGGUGACAUUAGUUUAGAUUUUCGGCACCUUUGUCAUAUCAUAGUGGUGCCUCCACUAACACCAGAACGAUUUUUACUUUCUAUUUUGCUUCAACUAAUCUUCAGUUUGGCUGUACUUAACAAAAACGCAGUUGAGUUUAAGUAUUUCUAAGUCAAUACUUGCCGCGGUUUGGCCUGUAAAUAAAUACUUUGUACAAAUUGUGACGCUGUCUUAAUGUUGUCGAAAGUAUUAGGUCGCGAUAAGGUGCUAAUUCAACAUUGGUUGUAAUUCUAACACUUUUUUGCGUGGCACGUUUUUUUUUUUAAUACAUGGGACACUCUUAAGAAGUCACUUCUGUCUGGUAGACGACUCAGAUCAAACUCUUCCAAAUUUAAGACUGACCCAUUUGUGUAUUUAUUUUAAUGGUAGGAAUAUCAUUUCUUCAAACUACAUUCUAAUUUAUGCAAAAAACGUGACUUCUUAAGGUCUAUUGUAUGUAUGAACAGCCGUUUACUAGGUUGUACUUACUUUAUGAGUUUUCCGUUGUUAGAUUUAAAUGUUGUGAACUAGAAUGUUAGAGAUGAUGUAGGUACAACAUGACAUUAUUCAUUAGUUCUAAGAUCAUAUUGUAAAUACAUAUUUAAUUUCAGAACUGUACAGUAAGUCUAAUACAAACUUGGAACAAAGUACCUAAUAAAUGACCUUUUGCAGUGAAAUAAAACUAUUUAAGUAGA